CCGAAUGUUUUUUUUUUCAAUUUAAGAAAAAAGAUAUGUCAAAUUAAAGCAACAACGGUCACCUGAAAAGAUUACGACAGCCACUUCUCUGGCCAAGAACAAGACUCGCCCUCUCCUCUCCUGCUUCUUCUCCUACUUCGCUCUUUUGCUUCUUCUCCCUCGUUGAAAUUGAAGCAGUGCGCCAUGUUGUUGGUGUGGGCGGCGGCAUCGGGCAGUUUGCAGGACGGUUCCUCCUCCACGGCGAGGCCGGUGGCGGCCGGUGCGGUGGCGGCAGGUCAGGCUCUGCCCCCGCCAUCGCCAUGCGCGAUGAGGUCGCCGUCGACUUGGCACUCCUUGGAGACGCUGGCGGUGGUGCUGGCGCUGAUCACGAUGGCGGCGGUGAUCGCCGGGGUGUUCGCCCGGGCGUGCGCCGGGCGAGGCAGGGGCGGUGAGCGCGACGUCGGGGGCUGGGUGGAGCGCAAGUGCAGCAGUUGCCUCGGCCUCCCUCCUCCGCCUUCCAAGUGAUCAUCAUCCAUUGCUGCGAAAGAACAGCUCGAUCGGUUUGAUUAAAUGAGGAGUCUCUAGUUGUAGCAAUAUACUCUUCUAAUCUGUUCGUGGAUUUCUAGCUCUUUCUACUCCCCUAUUUUGAUUAUAUAUAUAUUGAUUUAUUGAUCGAUCGAAGGAA